AUGUCGUUCCUGUUCAAGUCGUCCAAGAAGCAACAGGGCUCCGCUCUGCCUGCUGCGACACGCAAUAUCAAGUCCUCGGACGGCACAAGCCCUCAAUCAAAUAUUCCGUCGGCUCCUGGACACGCGCGAGACGGCUCUGGUGGCAGCCCGAGGGAGAAGUCUCAGCAGACGCCUACACCCGGAACCAGUGUCAAUUCGCUCAAUUCCCUGGGCGAGAAGCUGCAAGACAGUCCUCAAUGGUCGUCUGAAAAGCCCUCGAAUACUCCUAGUCCCGAGCAAAAGGCCUUGCGCGAGCGCGGCGACAGCGACUUGCAGCACUCGCGUAUGCGCCCUCAUCAAGACUCCUCUCCAUACCCCUGGUCUCAGCGACACCUUAAUUUCACCGUCCCCACGAAUCAUCCGUUUCCUCGCUACGGCGCUGCCGCCAACUCGCUUUCCUCCAAGGAUGGAUCCAUCUACAUCAUGGGAGGUCUGAUCCACGGCUCGACUGUGAAAGGCGAUCUUUGGAUGAUCGAGUCCGCCCCCAACAACCUUAGCUGUUAUCCCGUUGCGACCACUUCCGAGGGCCCUGGUCCAAGAGUUGGUCAUGCCGCUUUGCUUGUUGGAAACGCCUUUAUCGUCUUCGGAGGAGAUACAAAAACAGACGAAACAGACAUGCUGGAUGAUACUCUUUAUCUGCUCAAUACCUCUACUAAACAGUGGUCGAGAGCUGCUCCGGCAGGGCCUCGUCCUCCAGGUCGUUACGGCCACUCCUUGAACAUCAUUGGGUCCAAGAUUUACAUCUUUGGAGGUCAAGUCGAGGGCUUCUUCUUCAACGAUCUUGUCACGUUCGAUCUGAAUGCCUUGCAACAAGCCAGCAAUCGGUGGGAGACGCUGAUUCAGAAUACCAUCGAUGGAGGUCCUCCCCACGGCCAGAUUCCGCCAGCACGCACGAACCACUCUGUUGUAACGUGGAAUGAGAAGCUGUACCUUUUUGGAGGCACAGAUGGAGUGACCUGGUUCAGCGAUGUCUGGGCCUACGACCCACGAACCAAUUCCUGGUCGCAGCUUGAAUGUAUUGGCUACAUCCCCGUAGCUCGCGAGGGACAUGCAGCUGCAUUGGUUGGCGAUGUCAUGUAUGUGUUUGGAGGCCGCACCGAAGAGGGCAACGAUCUCGGCGACCUCGCGGCUUUCCGCAUUACAACACGGCGUUGGUACACUUUCCAGAACAUGGGCCCAUCACCAUCACCUCGUUCUGGUCAUAGUAUGACUGCUUUCGGAAAGCACAUUGUUGUUACUGGUGGUGAGCCAAGCUCGGCCCCUCGCGAUGCUGCCGAACUCAGUCUUGCCUACUAUCUGGACACGAGCAAAAUAAGAUACCCCAACGAUUCACAAUCUCAGAUGCCCGCCGACCAACGCAUUCAAGGCCAUAGGCGUCCAAGCGGCGACAGGACAGGUAUUCCACAAAGCCGGGGUGCUUCUAGGGAGCAGGUUGAUUUCGACGGUUCCCGACGUCCUGGUAGAGACAGCGCCAUUCCAGUCAAUCGUGGCCCCGAGCCCAUGGCCAUAGGCUCCAGAUUGCCUCGUGCUGCAGGACCGCCGGGGCCGCCGGGGUCACAGGGGCCAACACUUCAGCAACCUUCCAAGCCUACAACACCUCCAAGUCGCCAACCCACCAGGCCAGACCGUGCACUGAGCCCCAACCAAGCUGGUUCACCACCCACCGUUGUCACUCGCAUGGCUCCUGGGCCUUUCCCCAACGACGCUUUUGGCGCCAAAACAAUGUCACCAACAACAGCUACGCCCACGAUGGCUGUCCCCACAACAAACGGUAACAACAACAAUAACAUCUCGAGGGCUUUGGACGAGGAGCAGGACAGAACACCCCAAACAUACAAACCAACUCACCAACCCAUCUCCUCAAUCGACAACUCUGUCAAUCAAUCAUUCUCCCCUCCCUCCAGAACGAGCUCCAGGACGGCCGGGCCACAAACAGCUCCUGAACACGUUGAACAAGCAUCUGGUCAACCUGGGCAUCGUGCCCAUCCAUCACUCCAAGACUCAGAUUCACGAGAGGAAACCGAAAGAGCGAUGCCAAUGGAAGCAUCGCGCCAACCUAUUCAACAAGAGCCUCCGCUUGAGAAGGUACGCCAGGAGACCUCAAAAGAAGCACUUCUGAAUGGCGUAAUGGACCAGGCGCCUGCUUCGAACCACGCGGCGAGCGACUUGACCAAGAAGUUGGAAUCCGAGAAGACUAAAAACGCUUGGUUCGCAUCUGAGCUUGCACUGGCACGAAAGGCAGGUUAUUCAAGAAGCACUACUAACACACCGGCCUUCGAUGAGCGGUCAACCGACGCGUUUGGGGAUGAUGACAGACCGCUGGUAGAAGCCUUGCUCCGCAUGCGAGCAGAGCUAGCCAAGGUACAAGGAUCUAUCGAAGCUCAAGCAGAAUCUGCAGCCGCGCGCAUCGCCGAAAUCGAAAAACAAAGAGAUACUGCCAUUAGCGAAGCUGUAUUUGCCAAAGCAAAGCUUGCAGGUCAAGGCGGCGCUUCUCCCAUGCUGGGCUCGAGCAGACAUGGUACUCCUGAUGCGGACCGUGCUGGUGAUAUGAACAGACGUCUUGCGUCUUCACUGGCCGCUCAGACUGAACUGUCUCGCAAGAUUGACAGCUUGAUUCAUGAGAAGGAAGCCGAGAAGCAGGCUCGUCUUUUAGCAGAAGAGACAGCAGAGGCUGCUCAACAGCGUGUCACUGAACUCGAUACAGACAGGCAACGCAUUGCUUCCGAAAUUGAGUCGCUGCGUGACGAGUUGCACGAAGCUCAAAAGACUGCCAGAGAAGCAUCCGCCAAUCAUGCUGACGCUUUGGCCUCGCACAACCUUCUUUCUGUUGACAAGUCCGAGCUCACCACUAGACUGGAGAACGCUCUCGCAGAAACAGCAGAGCAUGGAGCAGUCCUUGGAUCUCUGCGAGAAGCACUUACAGCUUCUACCGACAAGUCCAAUCUUCUGGAAGAACGCCUCGAAGAAGAAAAAAGAGAGCGAAACGAGCUUGAACAGCAAGUCUCACAGCUCCGUUCACACCACGAAGAGCGUUCCUUGGAGCUCGAGACAACCAGUCGGCGCCUCAAAGAUGCUGAGGGUCUUGCAGAGAAACAUGCAGCUGAAGCACGUACGCAUCGUCAAGCUGUGCUCGACGGUCUCGGUAAACUUUCUACUCGCGGCUCAGACACUCGUGGUGUCACAGAUGAGCGUGUCUCUAUUCUCCAAGGGCAGGUCGAAACCGCCAACGCAAUGGCCAGACAGAACCAAGCGGCUGCCGAUCUCGCUUCAGAGAAACUACGACGUGCUGAGGAGCGCAUUGCUGGGCUCGAAUCUUACCAGGAGCAGGCCAGCCGCGAGGGCUUGACGAUCCGCAAGCAACUUCAGGCGGCACUUAAGGAAUCCAGAGCGCUGGCAGAAGAACGCGCCGAACUCCAGCAACAACUGCAGAGUCAACAGCUGGAGACAAAUGCCAUUGCUGUGCAACAUGGUGCGCUCAAGGAUAUACUAUCUGAGCGAGGUGUCAACCCUGUCGAUGUGCGCAAGUCUCGUGGCUUUGACUCUCCGUCGUCCCAAAUACGAUUCGGUACUCCGGAUAUACAGCGUGUCAAGGAGCUAGAGCAGCAGCUGGAAGUCAACCUCAGAGCGCAAGAAGAGAUGAAAACAAGCCUUGAGGAGAUGCAGGACCGUGAAGGACUUACAAGAAAGGAGUACGAGGAAAAACUUGCGACAUUGCACAACGACCAUCAAGCUGCCGUGAAGUAUCUCCGCGGCACUGAGAAAAUGCUGAGUAAGAUGAAGCAAGAGUUGCAGCGAGUAAAGAACCAGGCUGCCGAUUACGCCAAGGAGCUCGAUACCGCGCGUAGCAAAGAUCACGAAACCCGUGGUCUGGAUUCCGAGCACAAUGCCAACUGGAACGAAGAAAGAGACACCCUCCGCAAGGAUCUUGAGACCAUGAAGGCCGACCUCGAGGCUAAAGUCUCGAGCUUGAACCGUCAAGUGAGCGAGAGAGAUACCGACAUCACCACUCUGCGCAACUCCCACGAAGCGACACUUUCCAGCUUUGCAACGCUCCGUACUACCCACGAGGCCUCAAGAGCGGACCUCGAUCGUCUGCAAAGAGAGAAUGCACAACUGGAGGAGCGUGCUCGUGAUGCAGAAAACAAGGUCCAGCUACUGCUUGACCAGGUUGAGUCGUCUGUUGACAACUAUCGCCGUCAAUCUGCGAUGCCUAAUAACAUCACCAAUGGAUUUGGUCACCAUAGAGCGCUGAGCAAUGUCAGUGCUAGCACCGCCAACUUCAUACCCACACACUCGCGAGGUCACUCCCGCGGCGAGUCCAUGGGCGGCGACAGCAUUUACUCUCAGAGCAUUGCAGCUUCAGAGACCGGCGACAUGGAAGCCCCUGACGGACGUGAUAGUCUCGCGCUCGACAAUCUGGCCACGGAGCUGGAUGCUUUGCGCACCCAGUGGGAGACGACCAACAAAUCCUACCGCAUCAGCGAUCUCGAGUUCGAGAAGACCCCAACUACUGGUACUGCGCCUGCCGAGUUUGGCCUGGACAACUGGAGACGUGGAUUGAAUGUCAAUGACGACGAUGAUGAGAGGCCAAGCACCUCAAGCUCAGCUGCUCAGCCCAUGAACUCGUCGAGCUCAGCAGCGCACGCAUCCGCCAAAGAACGGGCGUAG